AUGACGCCGCACUCCCACAGCGUCGAGGUUCCAAAAGUGGACUUCAAAGAUUAUACAGUCCUCCACAUUACGGAUGAAGGCUUCCUAUCUCUUAUGAGCGAUACGGGCGACACGAGGGACGAUGUUCCCCUUCCCCCCGACGAGGCUCUCCGCUCACAGAUCAAGGCGUGGCAUGGAGAAGACAAGGAGCAGUCUGUUUCUGUAAUGAGCGCUAUGGGUCUGGAGCAGGUUUGCUCUGUCAAGCAGAUCAAUGCCCUAUAG